ACUUUCUGCUCUGGAAUUCUUCAGCAGCUUGAUUAUGGGUUAGUUGAAUGCCAGGCGUUGGUUCUUGCACCCACUCGAGAACUUGCUCAGCAGAUUGAAAAGGUUAUGCGCGCUCUAGGUGAUUAUCUUGGUGUCAAGGUUCAUGCAUGUGUUGGUGGCACUAGCGUUCGUGAAGAUCAGCGUAUUCUUUCCAGUGGAGUGCACGUUGUUGUUGGUACUCCCGGUCGUGUCUUCGACAUGUUGCGGAGACAGUCACUUCGUCCAGAUUACAUUAAGAUGUUUGUUCUGGAUGAAGCAGAUGAAAUGCUUUCACGAGGUUUCAAGGAUCAGGUUUUUAACUUUCUUUUGAUCCUUUUUCCCCUUCUAUUCCUC